ACACUGACCUAUGCUCCGCUGUAGCUGCAGUGAUAGCCGUAAUAUGCACAUAACAAUCAUGGCGGACAGUGAAACCCUGGAGUGCAUAACGGAGCACGAGCGGAUUUUACAGGAAAUUGAAAGCACCGACACAGCUUGUGUCGGUCCGACUCUUCGGUCUAUUUAUGAUGACCAACCCAAUGCCCACAAGCGCUUCAUGGAAAAGCUUGAUGCCAGGAUCAGGAAUCAUGACCGUGAGAUUGAAAAGAUGUGCAAUUUUCACCACCAAGGGUUUGUGGAUGCCAUCACAGAGCUCCUCAAAGUCCGCGCUGAUGCAGAAAAACUGAUGGGCCAAGUGACAGACACUAAUCGAAGACUACAAGAUGCAGGCAGGGAGGUGACAGCUCAGACAGAGGAGGUGAUUCGCUGUCGGGUCCAGCAGAGGAACAUGGCGACCACUGUGGAGAAACUCCAACUCUGUAUACCAGUGCUAGAAAUGUACAGCAAGUUAAAGGAGCAGCUGGAAUCCAAAAGAUAUUAUGCUGCACUAAAAACCAUGGAGCAGUUGGAGAAGGUCUAUAUCCCAAGGGUCAGUCAGUACAGGUUCUGUCAGAUCAUGGCUGAAAAUCUGCCCAGACUGAGAGAGGAGAUCAAAGACAUCUCCAUGUCAGACCUCAAAGACUUCCUGGAGAGCAUCCGAAAGCAUUCAGACAAGGUUGGAGAGACUGCCAUGAGACAGGCACAGCAGCAUAGGACCUUUAACAGCGCAGUAGCCAAGCAGGCCAGUAUGGGCCACUACAUCAAGCCCGUGUACUCUCUCAAUGAGCGAACUCAUGCUCACACUCCCAACGGCCUGCUGAUGGAUGACGACACUGGAGAUGAUGAGGCUGAUGAAGAGAUUCUCACAGCUCAGGACCUGGUGGACUUCUCGCCCGUCUACAGGUGUCUACACAUCUAUACUGUGUUGGGUGACCGAGAAACAUUUGAGAACUACUACAGGAAGCAGAGGAAAAAACAGGCCCGGCUAGUUCUGCAGCCUCAGGCGAACAUGCAUGAGACAGUGGAAGGCUACAGAAGAUACUUCAAUCAGAUUGUAGGAUGCGACGUUAGACCAGUGUUUGACGACUCUCUUUUUCUGCAGUCAUACUGUGACGACCCAGACUUGGUGCUGGAGCUGAAGAAUCUCAUAGUCAUCUUUGCUGACACACUACAGGGGUUCGGCUUCCCGGUAAACCGUUUGUUUGACCUGCUGUUUGAGGUUAGAGACCAGUACAACGAAACCCUGCUGAAGAAAUGGGCACUGGUUUUCAGAGAGAUCUUUGAACUGGACAACUACAGUCCCAUCCCAGUGGAGACAGAGGAGGAAUAUAAACUGGUUGUCAGCCGCUUCCCCUUCCACGAUGCUGAGAUAGAGAAGCAGGACUUUCCUAAGAAGCUGCCAAUGUCCCAGUCCGUCCCUCAGAUCUACACCCAGGUCAAAGAGUUCAUCUACGCCAGCCUCAAGUUCUCAGAGUCACUGCACCGCAGUUCAACAGAGAUUGAUGACAUGCUGCGAAAAUCUACCAACCUGUUGCUGACAAGAACUCUCAGCAGUUGUCUGCAAAACCUUAUCAAGAAGCCUCACAUAGGACUGACCGAGCUGGUACAGAUCAUCAUUAACACCACCCACCUGGAGCAGGCCUGCAGGUAUCUGGAGGAAUUCAUAACAAACAUCACCAACGUCUCCCCAGAAACAGUUCAUUUAUAUCGUUUCUAUCGUAUCUCGUUUAUAUCGCCCACCCCUACUCCCAUUAAUCUUGUGAAAACAUUGUUCCAGGAUGCUCGUCAUGCUGCAGAGGGAGAGAUUUAUACCAAACUGAACCAGAAGAUCGAUGAGUUCAUCCAGCUAGCAGACUACGAAUGGGGCAUGGCCGAGUCUGACGGCCGCGCCUCAGGGUAUCUCAUGGACCUGAUCAACUUCCUACGAUCUACCUUCCAGGUGUUCACACACCUCCCGAAUAACAACAAUGAUCAUGCAUCAAUGUCGGGAAAAGUGGCCCAGACAGCUUGUAUGUCAGCCUGCAAGCAUCUGUCCACAUCACUGAUGCAGAUGCUGUUGGACACGGAGCUCAAACAGAUCAGUAUGGGGGCCAUUCAGCAGUUCAACUUAGAUGUUAUUCAGUGUGAAUUGUUCGCCAGCUCAGAACCAGUGCCUGGGUUUCAAGGAGACACUCUUCAGCUGGCCUUCAUCGAUCUACGACAGGUAACCUCUCCAUGUGUCUCUGUGUCCAGGAUGAAGGACACCAGUAAGAAGAACAACAUCUUCUCCCAGUUCAGGAAGAAUGACAGAGACAAACAGAAGCUGAUAGAGACUGUAGUCAAACAGCUGAGGAGUCUGGUCAAUGGCAUGUCCUCUUAAACCCACGCACACACACACACACACACACACACACACACAGGCAGGAGUGAUGUGUGUGAAACAGACUAAACGAUGUAAACAUAAAUGGAGUCACAUGCACGCGUUGAACUGCCAACAGGACUUUUUCACACAUGUAAAAACAACACACCAAAUGGCAAAGACACACUUGUGAACCACACGGGGAAUUCGAGGGACAGACACACAGCUUACAUGUACACACACGUCACACACUUUACAUGAAGGCAAAGCAAUAGACAAACUGUACAGCGUGCAGGACUCUGCAAACACAGUCUCCUUAGCUGACUCACACUCGACUAUAAACAGCAGUUUACUGAAUCCACACAGUAAAAUGUUUGUAAAGUAUUUUUAAUGCAGACGAUGAGACGAACUAUGUU